CACAGCCAUCACCACUGCAGCCCUGUCCCCUGGGCUUGGCUCUCCCCUUUCCUUUGUCCCUGGCUUGUCUCUGCUGGGAUGAGCAGUUCUGUGAUUAACAUCUUGUCCUCAAGUUAUGAGGCAAAUUGCUUCCCAGUCAGGCUCCUGGAGCAGAAGUGAUGUCACAAUCAACAUGUGAACACUGAGAGAAGAAGAGCAAAUGGGAAGUUAGAGCAGGAUGUGGUCAGAAAGGAGCUGUGUGGACAUAGGGUAGGGUAGCACUUUCCAGCAGCUAUUGUGGGACACACCAAGCUGGAUAACAACAGAUCUGCCCUGAGCAGGACACUGCUGGUCACUGGACAGCACCUCAGGGGGAGGAGGACAAAAGCACAGCAACAGGCGUUGUGGGCACUCCUGAACCAGGGGAACAGCCCCUGCUGGGAGCAGUUGUUGCUGUAGGGAAGAAAUCCAAGACCAAAUCAGCACCAGUCUCUUAGUGAGGAAGGAAGAGGAAGCAGGGCCCCCACAACAGGAGGAAAGGUCAGGCCAGAGACACUCACCUGAUCCCUGUCCCCAGUGUCAUGACAAUGUCACAGAGGCUGCACCAAAGUCACAGUGCCACCAGGAGCAUCAUCGAGCAUCCUGAGGGACACAGCAGGAGCUAGUCUGGUGGUGGGACAUCCUAGACUCCACAUUUGGAUCCCACAUCCCAAUCCCAAAUCCCGGGGGAGUGCAGAAUGAGCUCCCACCCUCCCACUGCCAGGAGGACUAAGGUGGAGCUCUGGGGGAGAACAGAGGUGGCUUCAGCCACCACCUCUGAAGAGCGGAAGAAAAUCUGGGAUGCAGUGGCCAACUUUGUCCUGGAACAGCUCCUGCUGCGGAAAAAGGGGGUGCGGAUCCCUACCCUUGGUGCUCUGGAUGUGGUGCCCUGGCGGGUGCAGGUUGGUGAUGUGGAGGUGACAACACGGAGGCCGAUUUUUUUCCUGGCCAGGAAUUUGGUCCAGAGCCACAAUUUGAUGGAUAACUGGGAAUUCUGUCCUGGGAACCUGGAUCCACUUCAGACUUUUGCAGUGGCUACAGUGCUGGCACUGCCUCGGAGCAGGGUGGAGGGUGCCCUCCAGGCCACCAUGUCCCUCCUGUCGCAGUGCUUGGGGACAGGUGAGGACGUGGCCCUGGUCCUGAGGGAUAUUGGAGUCCUUCUUGUGGAGAGGCGCAAGGUCCAGAUGAGGUUCUACCACAACUUCCUGGAGGCAGUGGCUGGGAAGGAGAACCUGGAAAAGGGGAUCUUCAAGACCCAGGAUCUCCUGGACAUGGUGGUGCCUUGGGGAGUACCCGUGGCUGCUCUGACCUCAUUUGGCUCUGUCAUCGUCUUCCCUGAGUUCGAGAGAGAAAUGGUGCAGGCACCACUUCCGAGGGCACUGCUGCUCCAGACUCUCCAGAGCCUCCCCAAAGAGAUCCCAUAUCCCAGGGUGGAACUGGGGCCACAGAUCAGGAAAGAAGUGAAAGACAGGAAGAUUGGGAGAGACAGAAAAGUUCCAGAGGCAGCUUCUGGAAUGUCGGGAGCAGAGGAACAAUCUGAGGAAGCGAUUCCAGAAAACCAGAAAAUCCAGGCGAGGAAGAGGAAGGAGGGGAAGUCAGAAACAGAGAUGGGGAAGAAGGAGAAAAAGUCAGGAAAGUCAGAAACCAAACUGGGAAAAAAUACGUCAGAAACUGAAUUGGAGAGGAAGGAAAAAUUGGGAAAGUCGGAAUCUGAACGGUGGAGGGAGGAAAAGUUGGGAAAAUCAGAAACUGAAUUGAGGAAAAAGAAGUCAGAAACUGAACUGGGGAGGAAGGAGAAAUCAGGAAUGUCAGAAACUGAAUUGGGGAAAAAGGAGAAGUCGGAAAAGUCCAAAUCCAAAGGGAUGAAGGAAAAGCCGGAAAAGCCGGAAAAGCCAGAAAAGCCAGAAAAGCCGGAAAAGCCGGAGAAGUCAGAAAAGUCCAAAUCCGAAGGGAUGAAGGAAAAGCCGGAAAAGUCAGAAAAGUCAGAGAAGUCAGAAAAGUCCAAAUCUGAAGGGAUGAAGGAAAAGCCGGAAAAGUCAGAAAAGUCAGAGAAGUUGGAAAAGUCCAAAUCUGAAGGGAUGAAGGAAAAGCCGGAAAAGUCAGAAAAGUCAGAGAAGUUGGAAAAGUCCAAAUCUGAAGGGAUGAAGAAAAAGUCAGAAAAGUCAGAAAAGUCAGAGAAGUUGAAAAAGUCAGAAAAGUCAGAAACUGAGGGGAGGAAGAAGAAAUUGGAAAAGUCCUCAAACAGGGAUAAUCCCAAGAUUCCAAAAACCAGACAGCGCCAGGACUGCUCUGGGCAUCAGCGCCAGAUACACACAGCCAAAACUCCACGCUCCAGAGGAGGAAGAGGAGAAGGAGAUGGGGAAGAGGUGAAGAAGAAGGAGAAAUCCAAACAGAUCCAUCUUCAGGAUCCCUGGAGCUUCCAAACACCGGUGAUUGCAGUGCUGUCGGCAUCCAGCUCUGGCUCCAGCAUUACUGAGUAUGCCAAUCCCAAGAAGCCCCUGCCCAGCCCUGUGAGGCUGAAGACAAUGAGGACAAGCAACGAGAACUUCUGGCCAGUGCUGGACACAUCUCUGGAGUAGCUGGGAAUCUCUGGGAAUCUCCGGAAACCUCCAGGAAUUUCCAGAAUCCAUCAAUAAAUGCCUUUGGUUGAG